AUGAAUUUAAGUGGUAUCCCGCAACCUCAAAUGGACUGGACAUCAACCAAUCUUGUAGAAGAAUUCGCAAAAUUUCAAGAGCACUGUGAAUUAGUAUUUAAAGGACCCUUGAAAGAGCAAGAAGAAGAUGUCCACGUUACAAUGCUAUUGCUUUAUAUGGGCGCAAAGGGAAGAGAAAUAUAUAGAGCCGCCAAUUUAUCUAAUGCAGAUAGAAAAGAAACAAAAAAGAUCUUCCAAAAAGUCCGAGAACACAUCGCUCCGAUAAUUAACCCAGUAUUUAGCCGCUAUCAAUUCAAUAAUAUCACACAAGGCGAAAAAACUACGGAACAAUUCAUCACAAUAAUAAAAAACAAGGCUACAGAGUGUGAUUUUGGAACAAUGAAAGAUGACAUGAUCAGAGAUAGAAUUAUUUAUGGCGUGUCAUGUACGAAAUUAAGAGAAAGGCUUUUGCAAGUAGGGAAUGAUCUGAAAUUAGACAAGGCAACAAAAAUUUGCCAAGAAUUUGAAUAUGCUGCAUCUCAAAUAAAAAUGUUCAAUAACGUCCAAGAAAGUGCUCCGGUACAUGCAUUAUCAAGACCGAAGGGACGGAUGCCUAGCCGUUCAUCGGGCAUCCAAGGUCGUUCGUCUCGGAACCCUUCAUCGAUGAAUUCAGGUCGAUAUACAGAAACAUCAAGCAAUCAAUGUCGCAUUGGGGAACGUUCACACAGUACAAAAUGUAACAGGUGUGGAAAUAAACAUACUGACAUGCAGUGUUGUCCAGCAAAAGGCACACAAUGUAACAAUUGUAAAAAAUGGAACCACUGGAGCAAUGUUUGUAAAUCUAGAACAGUGAAUGAAAUUUCAAAUUUAAGUUCUGAAUUAUACAUUGACUGUGUAGAAAAUGUGGACAGUAUUGACUGUGUAACAGUAAAAAAUGGGCAGAUGUUUACAGAAAUAUUAAUUGGAAAUAGUAAAAAGGCUGUGCAAAUGAAGUUAGACACUGGCUCUCAGGUUUUUGAUGGCAUAGGGUUACUCCCUGGGGAAUGUAACAUUCAUGUUGACCCAAAUGCUACACUAGUUGUUCAUCCUCCCCGUAGGAUUCCAGUUGCUUUACAAGAUAAAGUGAAACAGGAACUUACACGAAUGGAAAACAUGGGAGUAAUUGCUAAGAUUUCAACACCCACUGAAUGGUGUAAUAAUUUAGUUGUUACUGAAAAAAGUAAUGGCGAUAUACGUCUUUGUUUAGACCCUCGUUCGCUGAAUAGUGCAAUUAAGCGUACACACUACCCGCUCAAAACACUUGAUGACGUAUUACAUAAGUUUGGUAAUGCAAAGUAUUUCACUAAAUUGGACUUAACUAGUGCUUACUGGUCAAUACAAUUAUCUGAAGAGUCGUCAUAUUUGACUGCAUUUAACAGUCCAUUGGGGGUCUUCAGGUAUCUUCGAUGUCCAUACGGAUUAAACGUAUCAGGUGUUUUUUUUUUGUUUCGCGCCCUUGAAGAGGCACUGAUAGGUCUCGAAGGGGUAGCUACAAUUGUUGAUGAUAUUUGUGUAUGGGGUUCCACGAGGGAAAGUCAUGACCGAAAUUUAGUAGCUGUCCUUGAACGUGCUUUAAACAAAGGCAUUCGUUUCAAUUCCAGAAAGUUGGAAGUAGGUCUCACCGAGUUUAGUUAUUUUGGUCACGUGUUAACUGCAGAAGGCUUAAAGGCCGAUCCCGCCAAAAUUGAGGCCAUUAAGGAUAUGAGACCACCCACAUCAAAAAGUGAACUACAUGUGUUCUGCUAUGACCGUGAUGUCAUUGUAGAAAAUGACCAUCUCCCUAUACAGGGAUUGCUGAAAAAGCCUAUGCAUUCAAUACCUGCUAGGUUGCAGCGUUUAGUCUUGAAAUUAACUCCAUAUAGGUUUCAGUUUCGUCACAUGUCCGGUAAGAAAAUCCCAUUAGCAGAUGGACUUAGCAGAAAUGCCAGGCCGGAAACUAGCCCAGAACUUAAUGAGGGUAUUGAGGCACACGUUUGCAUGGUUAUCUCAUCUUUACCCGUGUCAGAUAGAAAACUUGAGGAAAUCAGGUUACACACAAAACAAGAUGAACAAUUAUGUACAUUACAACAAACAAUAAAGUUUGGUUGGCCUAAGUACAAAAAGGCUUGUCAUCAGUUAAUUGCUGCCUUUUGGAACUAUAGGGAUGAGUUAUCUGAGGUUAAUGGUUUAAUAAUGAAAGGAGAAAAAAUCGUUAUGCCCAGGUCACUCAGAUCUGAAAUGUUAAAGGUGCUGCAUUCCAGUCAUCUGGGUGCGCAAAAAUGUCUUAGUAGAGCAAGGUCAAUAAUGUUUUGGCCGGGAAUUUCAAAUGAUAUAAUUGAAAUGGUAAAUCAAUGUCAGAUUUGUCUGGAAUACAGGUCAUCGCAACAGAAGGAGCCAUUAAUCAGCUCUGAAAUCCCAGACUAUCCGUUUCAAAUUGCAGAGUGUGACUUGUUCUCACUUAAUGAGAAAAAUUUCAUGGUCAUGUCCGAUUACUAUUCUAGUCCAGCGCAGUUAGUCCAAUCACGACAACUUCGUUCUAUCCUUCCCACUGUAAGGGAAAACAUUAUACCACGAGUACCGCCUCCUGAUGUUGUCAAACAAAAAAUCGCAGAAUCCAAGGUCAAAUCUAAGCAUUACUAUGAUAAAAAUGCUAAACCUCUGUCUCCCUUAAAUGUUGGAGAUUCCGCUAGAAUUCAACGUCUAGACAAGUCCUGGAGUCCCGCUGUUGUAAUAAAAAAUCACAGCGAUAGGUCCUAUAUUGUUGAAACAGAAAACGGACAACAAUAUCGCAGAAAUCGUAAAGAUUUGUUGAAAUCUAAAGAAUCACCUUUAUUGACACAUGGUGCUUUGAAUUCUGGCCUUGAAAUGUCAGUUAAUGACAGAAUGAUAAACGUAGGGUCAGAGCGUACCGAUAGCAAUAAACAGCCUGUGGUUUUGAAUCUUCCGGAUAAUGCUAAUUAUUUCACUCGCGCAGGCAGAAAGGUGAAGCCACGUGCUGUAACAGACUUGUAA